CUCUCACUUUCGAAUACGUUAUCCCAUCUUUAUCACCGACCUACCCCCUUUAUCAUCGUAUUCGUAUAUAACAUGAUUGCUCUGUAUCCACCGUCAGAUCAUAUAACUUUACGCUCCAGAUCUAGUUGCAUAUUGUGAUCCCCUGCGCCGCGAAACACCCAACUCUUUCCUAUUUGGAGCAUCUCGUUGAAUGCACCAGGUUUCAAAAGCGGAUCUUUAAUUUACUCAACGGCUGAGAUUUUAGAAAGACUAGCUGAUCGGAUCCUCUAUUUAUUCACAGAGUCAAUUUGUUGAGUUUGUCAGCUUUCGCACAUCUUCUGAUCAAAUUCUCGAUUCAGCGAUUCGGACAAAAAUGGGAAACGGAUACAUAACUCUUGCCCUAAUCCUCUUCCUUACAAGCCUCUCCUUUUCGCUUGCUUUUUCCGAACCGAAUGAUGGGUUGUUGCGGAUAGGUUUGAAAAGGAUGAAGAUGGACAAAAACAACCGGAUUGCUUCUCAGCUUGAAUCAAAGGAGGCACAGACGCUUAGAGCCUCCUUUAGGAAGUAUAACUUCCGAGGUAAACUUGGAGAUGAUGCAGAUACUGACAUUGUUGCACUUAAGAACUACAUGGAUGCACAGUACUUUGGAGAGAUUGGCAUUGGCACUCCCCCUCAGAAAUUCACUGUGAUUUUUGAUACUGGCAGCUCCAAUCUGUGGGUGCCAUCCGCAAAGUGUUUGUUUUCUGUCCCUUGUUACUUUCACUCCAAGUACAAGUCCAGCCAUUCGAGCACUUACAAGAAGAAUGGAAAAACUGCUGCAAUUCAUUAUGGAACUGGGGCAAUCUCUGGAUUCUUCAGUGAGGAUAAUGUGAAAGUGGGUGACCUUGUUGUGGAGGGCCAGGAAUUCAUCGAGGCAACCAGAGAACCAAGUGUUACAUUUUUGGUGGCUAAGUUCGACGGUAUACUGGGUCUUGGGUUUAAAGAGAUCUCAGUUGGAAAGGCAACCCCAGUAUGGUACAACAUGGUCAAACAAGGUCUUGUCAAGGAGCCCGUGUUCUCAUUUUGGCUAAACCGAAAUGUGGAUGAAGAAGAGGGUGGCGAAAUUGUUUUCGGCGGAGUUGAUCCAAAUCAUUUCAAGGGUAACCAUACUUAUGUACCCGUGACCCAGAAAGGCUACUGGCAGUUUGAUAUGGGUGAUGUACUUAUCGAUGGUAGAGAAAGUGGGUACUGCAGUGGUGGAUGUUCCGCAAUUGCCGACUCUGGGACUUCUCUGUUAGCGGGGCCCACGACGGUAGUGGCUAUGAUUAACCAUGCUAUUGGGGCCACUGGAGUUGUGAGCCAAGAAUGCAAGGCUGUUGUUCAACAAUACGGGCAAACUAUCAUGGAUCUCCUCUUGGCUGAGGCUCAGCCAAAGAAGAUUUGCUCCCAAAUUGGGUUAUGCACUGUGGGUAUACAGAGCGUGGUGGAUGAGAAAGAGGGUAAAUCGUCUGGAUUGGGUGAUGGCAUGUGCUCGGCAUGUGAGAUGGCCGUUGUGUGGAUGCAGAAUCAGCUCAGGCAGAAUCAGACUCAAGAUCGCAUCUUGAACUAUGUCAACGAGCUCUGUGAACGUCUCCCGAGCCCCAUGGGUGAAUCGGGUGUCGACUGUGGAAGCAUUUCCUCUAUGCCAACUGUUUCCUUGACGAUUGGUGGCAAGAUUUUUGAUCUCUCCCCAAAAGAGUACAUACUUAAGGUAGGGGAGGGUGCUGCCGCACAAUGCAUUAGUGGCUUCACGGGCCUCGACAUUCCUCCUCCGCGUGGGCCCCUCUGGAUUUUGGGAGAUAUAUUUAUGGGUCGGUACCACACCGUGUUUGAUUAUGGCAAACUUAGGGUCGGUUUUGCCGAAGCUGCUUAGAGUGGACGGGCAACCCCACACGGGAGCUGCUUCGUGUUUUAUUAACAUUUAAUUUAAUGCUCUGAUGUUUUAUGGUUGUGCUUUUCGGCAAGCAAGACAAGUUGGGCAAUUUAUUACUAUUCUGAGGUUGCUUCCAACGAUGCAAAUAUGUAAAUAUAUCUGUUUUAAACUUCUUGGGACAAUUUGCUCUGUGGUUUGGGAUGUUUCCGCUAUACUGUUGAAUGGUUGGUAGCGAGUUUGUGAAAUAUUGUCUAAGCUUCGAGGUAGAAAUACAAUCUUUACCUUAUGUAACUGUUGUUAAAUAACAUUUUGCCUGUGUUUUGCUCCUUGUUUUUAGACCCGGGCCAGGCAAUGACUUUGGAUUGGCAGCCAUUUGGGG